AAGCUGCAACAUAGGGAGUGGUGAGAAAAGAAAGAAAAAAGAAAAGAAAAGUAGGAAUCAAUUACAGACAUUAUUGAGAGAGUGUUUCUAUUCCGAGAGAAGAAGAUGAUGAGUUCAGCUGUUGUUUUCUGUCGACAACCUUAAAACCAAAGGAAGAAGCUUUCUCUCGUCUCUUCAAAGUUCUUCCUUUGAGAGAGGAACAUUUGUAUAUUUAUUUAUAUUUUAUACAAAAAGAAAAAUGGGAAUGGGAAGGCAUCAGAAAUCUGGAGUUCCAGCGAGAUGGGUUCUUGUUCUCUGCAUUUCUAGCUUCCUCCUCGGUGUUCUUGUCAUUAACAGGCUUUUGGCUACUUCUGAAACCGUAGAUAGCAAUGAGAGACCUUCAUCUGAUCAAGCUACGUCACUUCAUCCUCUUGUUGAUUGCCAGAACAAGGAAGGAGACAUUCUAUCUCGAGUUUCCCAUACUCAUGAUGUUAUCAAGACAUUAGACAAAACAAUUUCGUCACUUGAAGUAGAACUAGCUACAGCUCGAGCAGCAAGAUCUGACGGUAGAGAUGGAUCUCCAGCUGUUGCAACAUCAGUAGCUGAUCCAUCAAAGGAACGGCCUAGGAUGUUCUUUGUGAUGGGAAUCAUGACUGCUUUCAGUAGCAGAAAACGAAGAGACUCCAUAAGAGGAACCUGGCUUCCUAAAGGAGAUGAACUGAAAAGAUUAGAGACAGAGAAAGGAAUCAUUAUGCGGUUUGUCAUUGGUCACAGUUCUUCUCCUGGAGGAGUGUUGGACCACACAAUUGAAGCAGAAGAAGAACAACACAAGGACUUCUUUCGCCUGAAUCACAUAGAAGGUUAUCAUGAGUUAUCAUCUAAAACCCAAAUAUAUUUCUCUUCGGCUGUUGCAAAAUGGGAUGCAGACUUCUACAUCAAAGUGGAUGAUGAUGUUCACGUUAAUCUCGGAAUGCUUGGUUCUACAUUGGCUCGCCACAGAUCAAAACCGCGAGUGUACAUUGGUUGCAUGAAGUCUGGACCUGUCCUAGCUCAAAAAGGAGUAAAGUACCAUGAGCCAGAAUAUUGGAAGUUUGGUGAAGAAGGAAACAAGUACUUCAGACAUGCCACUGGACAAAUCUACGCCAUCUCCAAAGACUUAGCAACUUAUAUCUCAGUAAACCGGCAACUACUUCACAAAUACGCGAAUGAAGAUGUGUCUUUAGGAUCAUGGUUCAUUGGUCUAGAUGUUGAACACAUCGAUGAUAGAAGUCUCUGCUGCGGAACACCCUUAGAUUGUGAGUGGAAGGGACAAGCAGGAAACCCUUGCGCAGCAUCCUUCGACUGGAGCUGCAGUGGAAUAUGCAAAUCUGUGGAUAGAAUGCUUGAAAUACACCAACGGUGCGGAGAAGGCGAAGGAGCAAUAUGGCAUACCAGUUUCUAAGCUCUUUGACCAAGUUUAAUGUAUAGGUUCAGCUUUCUUCUUUAUUAUGGAUGGUGAUUAGUGUAGGUUAAUGAUGAUAAUGAUGCAUUACAGAGAUCAUCUAAAGCCCCAAGUUUUGCCUCCUU